UCUCUGCUCGAGCCGCGUCUCUAUGGCGGCCUCGGCAGCUCACUAGGCGCAAAGCGACAUGAACGCGGAUGCUGAGGGCCACGGCGGUGCUGUGGUCUCCGCGCAGUCUCCAGAGGGCAGUCCCGGGGCGGAUGACUUCGUCCCGUCAGCGCUGGGGACACGAGAGCAUUGGGAUGCUGUUUAUGAGAGAGAACUGAGAACAUUCCAAGAAUAUGGGGAUACAGGAGAAAUCUGGUUUGGGGAAGAGAGUAUGAACCGACUAAUACGGUGGAUGCAGAAACACAAGAUCCCAUCGGAUGCCUCAGUGCUUGAUAUUGGAACUGGAAAUGGUGUUUUCCUUGUUGAACUUGUGAAACAUGGUUUCUCUAAUAUAACUGGGAUUGAUUAUUCUCCUUCUGCAAUUAAGCUUUCUGCAAGUAUUUUAGAGAAAGAAGGGCUAUCUAACAUUAACUUGAAGGUAGAAGACUUUUUGAAUCUUUCCACAAAGCUGUCUGGAUUUCAUGUUUGUGUUGACAAAGGGACUUAUGAUGCCAUAAGUCUUAAUCCUGACAAUGCAGUUGAGAAGAGGAAGCAGUAUGUGACGUCUCUCUCCAGGGUGUUGGAAGGAAAAGGAUUUUUUCUAAUAACCUCAUGUAAUUGGACCAAAGCAGAGUUGCUAGAUGCGUUCAGUGAAGGAUUUGAACUUUUCGAAGAGCUGCCAACACCCAAGUUCAGCUUUGGAGGUAGAUCUGGAAACACUGUAGCAGCUUUGGUUUUUCAAAAAAGGGAGACUUCCUUGGACAAAAUCAGUUAGCUUUCUAGAAGAAACUGCAAAGCAAACUUGAUACAGAAGAAGCAAGUACAAAUAGUGCUUAGUAAGUACCCAGGCUUAGUAAGAGCAAAUACUGCUUAGUAAGUACUCAGGCUACACAGACUGAAUAUGAAUAAUGGCUUGAUGGGAAGCCACAAGCAUGGGAAUCAGUAUUUAGAUAUCAACUAAGAAUAAUUUAAGAUUUUCUUUUGUAUUUGAAAUAUAAAUAUUUUUAUUGUGAUAUAUGACAGUUUUCUAUAGUUGUUAAUCAGUUGAGAACUUCAAAGCAGUAAAUGAAUUUAUAGAAAGCAUUUGGUUUUGGUUUUUGUGCUUUGAUAUAGUUGAAUAUGGCUAUUUAUGAAGACUUGAGCAAACUGUUUCAAGGCCAGAAUAGUGAAGCUUUUUUUAUGCAUUAAUAGAAUAUGAUGUAUGAUAAACAAUGCCAUUUUGGGUUUAUAGCUGGUAGAGCUCCAUGAUUGUCAUAUGUAUUAAGCAAAAUCAGAGAAAUUGAUUAAAUACAUUUAUUUAUUUAAUUAGAGAUAAUGUCUCACUAUGAGUCCCAUUUGGCCUAGAAUUCACAGAGGUCCACCUGCCUCCACCUCCUUAGUGCUGAGACUAAAGAUAUAUAAAAUAUGUAUAUACAUAAUAUUAUGCAUAUGAAAUAAUAUAAUGGUGUUAUGUAUUAGUUUAUGUAUAGGAGAGGUGCAGCUGAGAGAGAAGACACUUUUGCUAGGUCAAAUAGUACCAGAUGGAGCCAAGAUUGGGUCUGACUGACUCUAGAACCUUUCUUCUAACAGUCUACCUCCCAGGUGCCAAAUCUCUGUUUUAUAGCACCUGUAAGCCAAGGUUACAUACACAGUUCAGGUGGGCCCUUAACCUCUAGGCGCUCUAUAACCCUUUGUCAUUGUUGAUCACUAACUGGCUAGUCCACGCUGGACUUUGAAAACACCUGAGUCUUAUGAUAUCCAUUAUUAUUCCUUAUCAACUAUUGAUUUUGAAAGACUUUCCUUUAGCAAGAACUGAAUUUUAAGUAAGGUAUGACACAUUGUAAUUCUAGCACUCAGGAGGGUGAAGUAGGAGGUGGAACUGUGGUGUGGUGUGGGGUAGAAGCUGGAGGAAAUUGCCAUGUAAACAUGCAGACCAGAGUUCAGAUCCCUAGUACCUCUGUAAAAUGCUGUGUGUAGCAAUAUGCACUUAGAGUCUCAAUGCUCAUGAGGCAGAGACAGGAUUCCUUGAAGCUUGAUGGUCAGGCAGUCUAGUUUUGAAUCAAUUGGCUCCAGGUUCACUCAGAUAUCCUGUCACAAAAAAUAAAGUUGAAAACAAUUGAGAAAGA